CCGAGCUACCUCUCAUCUCACCACCACCACCAAGCGGAGGAGCCACCUGAGGACGGGCGGCGAGCGAGAGGGCGGCGGCGAGCGAGAGGGCGGGGGCCGGACAUACGAGGCGAAGCGGGGUCAGGGCGAAGAGAUGGCGUUCACCAUGCGCGCGGUGAAGGUUCCGCCGAACUCGGCGUCGAUGGGGGAGGCGCGGCACCGCGUGUUCGACUUCUUCAGGCAGGCCUGCCGCGCCAUCCCCUCCAUCAUGGAGAUCUACAACCUCGACGACGUCGUGACCCCCGCCCAGCUCCGCGCCAGCAUCUCCCAGCAGAUCCGGAAGAACCAGGGCGUCUCCGACCCCAAGGUCAUUGAUAUGCUUCUCUUCAACGGGAUGGAGGAGCUGAACAACAUCACCGAGCACGCGAAGCAGCGCCACCACAUCAUCGGGCAAUACGUGGUUGGCCACAAGGGGCUGGUGCAGGACCUGGAAAAGGACCAGGGGAGCUCCGAGUUCCUGAAGAAAUUCUACACCAGCAACUACUAGAAUCCGAGGCCGCCACAAAAAUUUCCAGCCUUCUUGUAGAAGUGCGCUUGACAUGUACUCUGAAUAAGACGCUGAGAAACACUUCCGGCCAAUCUAUUUUGUUACUCGAGGUUUUGUUUUGUUCGAGCUUGAUUCGAUUAUACUCAGUCAUCUCUACUCAAUGAGAUGGUGUCUGCUAGUGAAACGGUUGUAACUCAUAGACUCUGCUUCCCAAGCUCAUGUUGAAGGAUUGAUGUCUUGCAGAGGCAAGAUCGAUGUGGA